CACUCGUAGACAAAGCGGCGCGGGUAGCGUAGCGCGGGCAGUACGCAGCCAGAGCGCCGCGAGACCGCAGCGCGCCGCCGUACGCCGCUCGCCGGCACCCGACACACGAGCCCGCUCGACUCACCUGCCGAUGAAUAUUUAAUGGACCCGAUUCCAAUGCCGAAUGAAUGAGGGAACCUCGUUACCCCACUGACAUUCAUCACAACACUUUUGUUGACAUAUUUGUAAUUGUUCAAAAAGUUGUCACUAUUAACAUGUCGCUGGGGUAAACUAAUCACAUGAUGAGUGGACGAAGAUUGGCCUCGUGUUCGGCAGUGACAGCUGUGCUGCUGCUGCUAAUAAUUAGCGGUUCAGUUAUCUCGUCGGACGAAUCAUUAUUUCCUCGUUUUGUGGAACCCGUCACGAACGUGACGGUGACCGUGGGUCGGGACGCCCUCCUGGCUUGCGUUGUCGAAGACCUACGAGGUUAUAAGGUAGCAUGGGUCCGCGUGGACACGCAAACCAUCCUAAGCAUCCACCACAACAUAAUAACUCAGAACGCGCGCAUCAGCCUGUCGUACAACGACCACCGCUCGUGGUACUUACACAUCAAGAACGUGCAGGAGGUGGACCGCGGCUGGUACAUGUGCCAGGUCAACACCGACCCCAUGCGCUCCAGGAAGGGAUACCUACAGGUUGUGGUGCCGCCCGUGAUAAUUGACAACAUGACAUCAACGGACAUGGUGGUACGGGAAGGUACCAACGUGACCAUGGUCUGCCGAGCCACCGGCUACCCUGAACCAUACGUCAUGUGGAGGCGAGAAGAUGGACAGGAGUUCAAUUGUAAUGGGGAGUCAGUGAACGUGGUAGACGGGGAAAACUUAACAAUCUCCAAAGUGUCCCGGCUUCAUAUGGGGGCUUACUUGUGCAUCGCAUCCAACGGCGUGCCUCCAUCGAUCAGCAAGCGGGUCGUGCUAAUGGUACAAUUUCCGCCGAUGCUGUCGAUCCCAAAUCAGUUGGAAGCUGCAUACAUUGGUCAGGACGUGACGCUGGAGUGUCAUACGGAGGCGUAUCCCUCCUCCAUCAACUACUGGACCACGGACCGUGGGGACAUGAUCAUAUCAGGAAAUAAAUACAUCACUUCACUGAGCGACGACAGUUACAGUCGGAAAAUGAAAUUGACUAUACGAAGAGUGUCGUCAAGAGAUUUUUCAUCUUACCGCUGCGUCGCCAAGAACUCCCUCGGUGAGACAGAUGGACUCAUCCGACUUGACGAAAUCCCCGCACCUUCAACGACUAGCACUACGGACAACAACGUCCCCACAUUUCCACAAAGGAAAAAAGGUAAACAUAAAAACCGUUGGCGGGACAGUUCCGCAGAGAACCGAGUCAUAGGAGACUACGAGGUAGAAGAGUGGAAAGAUGUCGAUUACGAGUCGACCCAGUCCUCGCGAUCUGCCAUCAGCCGCAGCGUCCUAUUCGUCAUCAUGGGAGGCUUACUGAUAGCCAGCUGACAUACGGCUACCACAAACAUACACGUCACGUCGUAGUGCCAAUAAACAUUUGUGCUAAACAAAAACUAUAUAAAUAGCGGUGAUAAACAAUAUAAUAGGAUAGGUGCUGUGUCAUUCGUAAAGUUAUCAAAUAGAAACAUUGCAACUAAAUACAUUCUUUAAAACCUGUUAUUCACAUCGAAAGUAUCAAUUAAUUUUACAUUAAAUGCAUUUAUUUUCACUGUAAGGAUAUUUUUAUGGAGAUGUAGUAUCUAUCUAAUAGAAAUUGUAAAUAUUUUUCGAUAUAAUUGAAAGACUGAUAGAAUUGUACGGUAAAUGUGCCAUAUCUUAUCCCAAAUAUUGUUUUAGCUUUAAAAGAUCUCGUUAAAAUAUUACUUAAUAAUUUUAA